GUUCGAUUCUCUCGAGGUCACCCUGGCCAUUGCCGCCGCCCGCAAUGUCCUCUACAAUCCCCGCCGAGGACGACGAUAUAUUCGAGCGUCUCCAGCAACGCGCCGAUCCGAAGGUACUAGAGGAACGGCAGGACGCCAUCAAUGAACGGGUCCAUGCAAUUUAUCAGAAAGCCCAGACCCGGCUGGGAGAAUUGAUUGACCAAAAUUCCACCUUGCCAUGCGCCAUCUCCUCAAUUCAGGUCCUUAACGCUCAUCACACGCGCAGGGGCUUCCUGGAGCGUAUAUUUGACCCAUUGCUGAGUACUCACCAAAAAAGGCCCUACACGCUCUCCGAGGCCUUACGGGAAGUCUCGGCACGCGCGGACAAACUCGGCAGAUUCGACCUCUUCCAGCAGCCCAUUUCAGUGUACCUGGACCAAUCACCAGAAGCCGACGCCCGGACAGGACUGUCGAGUCUCAAUGUUUAUGUCUCGGUGAAGGAGAAGUCGCGCGUUCUGCUCAAGACCGGAACAGACCUUGGGAACACGGAAGGCUCUGCCUACGGUAAUCUGCUUUGGCGCAAUGUGUUUGGUGGCGCUGAAAACCUGAAUUUAAAUGCGUCCCUGGGCACUAGAACAAGAUCCGCUUAUCAAGCCACAUUUGAGACCCCCAUUCUCAGCGACCCUGACUUCCGGUUUGAGAUUGGUGGACUUGCCAGCUCCACCCAAAAGUCGUGGGCUAGCCAUGAAGAGGUAUUAAAAGGUGGUUGGGGCAAACUCCGAUGGAUGAGUCAGUCCGGACACCGCCACGAAGCUGGGUACAAUGGCUUCUGGAGACAGGUGACAAGCCUGGCUGAAAAUGCCUCCCCCACGAUUCGGGCAGAUGGCGGGGACAGUGUAAAGAGCAGUCUCUUCCACAGUUGGGCCAAGGACGGAAGAGAUAACCCCCUUCUCCCGUCCCGCGGGUAUUAUGCCAAAACGUUCAACGAGCUGGCCGGACUGGGGCCAUUGAAGGGCGAUGUUUCUUUCUGGAAAUCCGAAAUUGAAACACAGGGCGCAGUCCCAAUCCCGAUCCCCGGCGUCAAAGGCGACAGCGGCAUCUCCCUGACUGCAGGGUUCCGCGCCGGACUUCUUUACCCCCUUGGAUUUGAUUCCGAUUCAAGGCCCCUACUGUCUCGCACCAACGAUCGUUUCCUGCUUGGAGGGCCGACGGAUGUUCGCGGUUUCCGUCUAUGCGGUCUUGGGCCUCAUGACGGGGCCGAUGCUGUCGGGGGCGAUGUCUAUGCCGCAGGAAGUGCCAACUUACUCCUUCCGCUCCCUCGCGUUGGCGCCGAAAAGCCCCUGCGCCUGCAGGCAUUCGUGAACGGUGGCCGGUUGUUGCCUCUACGCACUGCUCAGAAGACCACGCCCAGCACGGAUGCAGAGGUGGCCAACGCCAUGACGUCGACAAUCUCCGAGCUGGGGAAUGGCCUUCCCAGCAUCGCCGCGGGAGUUGGACUUGUGUACGCCCAUUCGGUUGCCAGGUUUGAGCUGAACUUCUCCCUGCCCUUGGUUUUACGGAAAGGCGAAGAAGGAAGGAAGGGGUUGCAGCUGGGGAUUGGCAUUAUCCACCAGCAGCCCUACGGCGCCCAGGCCUCCGCGCAAAACCUCCAGUUCUACCCUUCCUCCUACUCUUCGGUUUCGGGCCAUACCACACCAUCACAGGCAUCCUAUGGCGGCUUUGGUGCCGCCCCGAAUCCAGGUGCGCCGGCAUACCCCAUGGGAGGAGUCGGCAGUGGGUAUGGUGGCUUUGCGUCUCCGGCUGCUGGGGUCAGUGGGAGGAUGGGCGAACAGAGUGGGCUGCGAACUGGCUGGUUGGCUGCGUUUGGGACGGAGGGAUAUGACGGCGAGCCACCGUUGCUAGAAGAGCUGGGGGUGAAUUUCGAACACAUUAGAACCAAGACCUUGACCGUGCUUAAUCCUUUUGCCCGCAUCGAUCAGCACCUCAUGGACGACAGCGAUCUCUAUGGCGCGCUGCUCUAUAUCGUCCUCUACGGAACGUUCCUUCUUCUCUCCGGCAAGGUAUUCUACGGCUAUAUCUACGGCGUGGCCGUCUUCGGGACCGUUGCCUUGCAUCUAAUCCUUAGCCUGAUGUCACCGGCCCUCGACACCGUGCACACUCCCAAUGCCGCCCACCCUACCAACUACGACCCUCAUCAUAAGCCCACCCUGUCCGACGCCUCGGCUGCCGGUCACUUCUCCGCCACCCUUACUUUCCCUCGCUCGGCCAGUGUGCUGGGCUACUGCUUCCUGCCGCUGGUUCUGACCAGCUUGGUCGGAAUCCUCAUCCCUAUGGACACCAUGUUUGGGUACCUGUUAACGACGGCAGCCGUGGGCUGGUGUACCUUCAGCUCCUCGGGAAUGUUUUGCGCCGUCGCACGCAUGCGGGGGAUGAGGGGUCUCGUUGCAUAUCCGCUGGCGCUCUUCUAUGUUGUUUUUGGUAUUAUGGGCAUCUUUUCUUCACGAGGGAGUGGAACUCUGGCCGCCAAGACAGGUGCUGCUUGA